CUGCAAGAAGCUCGCUUUCGGCUUGUUUCGAAUACAAUUCUAAUGGAUGUCCGUGUUUCUGUUUUACUAAUAAUCGGUUUAAGCUUUAGUUGUGGACAUUGCCUUGAUGAAGAAAGACUUCAGUGGAUGGAAAAAGAAAUCCAAAGACUGACAGUUAAACUAAAUGAACGUGAAUUGAAUUGCCAAAGACUUACUCAAACAAAUAUGGAGAAAAAAAUCUUGAUAUUAGAAAACCGUGCAAAAACCAAGAAUUGCGAAUUAAUAGACUUGAAAACGAAGCAGACCAAAAAAUGCAAGACGCUGGAAAUUUCAAUAAUGAACGGUUGCAUGAGAAGAACAAUAUAAUGAGAAACAGAACUAAACAUGAAUUGCCUUUAAUUCUUGGUUUAAUUUCCUCUUCGGUUGAUGGCAAGGAUGGAAAAGAGGAUUUGAAAUCUACAAGUCCCAUCAAACGUGCUGCCUCUGGAUCUGUGGCUUUCAGUGCAUAUAUGUCCAAUCGUGAGCCCGAGCCAAGUCCACAUCAUACUUUUAUUUUCGACUCUGUACUGACAAAUGUUGGUAACGGCUACAAUAAACAUUCAGGAAUAUUUACUGCUCCACACACAGUAGGCGCUUCGUUUACUGACGCAUAUGAUUCAACUUACACCCAAACUUCCAAUGGUCUUAUUGCGGUAGAGAUCAACGAAGGAGACACAGUAUUUAUUCGCACACAUCCGACUAAUUCUAAUAAGGGCAGAAUUACAAGCAAUCCCGUUGAACAUCGCACGUCAUUCAGUGGAUGGAAAAUCAAUUUAGACGAAGUAUUUACUUCGAAAAAAUGUUACAUUGUUCUUUGGAAAGGAAUAAACAAGAUUUGUACACUCCAUGUGGCACAAUGUUUAAUGAAAAAGAACCAUUUAAAAGACUUUAAUAAGAAUGUUUUAAUGAUAAUCAAAAAUGGGGGUCACUUAAAUGAGGGCAAAUAUAAUCCGAAUAUUGAUCUUUAUCAGACCUGGAUAUCAAAAUGGGUAGUUUUGUUCUCAGAGGGAACAUGUUUGAUAUCUCUAUAUGGAUAUU